CAGCCGUUGGAAACCAGAAUCCAGCCGGGACUGUGCAGGUAGACCGGGCUCCCCAGCCAGCCUGGACGCCGACGCACCGGCACCUCACCUCGCCGAGCGCCGCGCCGCACCAUUCUCCGCGGGCAGAGCGGAGCCGCAGCCCCUCACGGCGCCCAGGACCCACUUGCCACCACUGCCUCCGCAGCACCCAUGGGGACCAGCGGACUUUAAAGGAGUUUGGGGUUUCGGGAGCAGGGAAAUCACUGGUACGGAAAGGCGGCUUUCUUUGCCUUGGAGACGUUUUUUCUUCGACUGUUUGGACCUUGUGCCUGAUCCCCGCUCCUGGCCCUUGCCUCGCCGCGUCAUUGAUGGGCAACCAACUGGACCGCAUCACCCACCUCAACUACAGCGAGCUGCCCACCGGGGACCCGUCUGGGAUCGAGAAGGACGAGCUGCGGGUCGGGGUCGCCUACUUCUUCUCGGAUGAGGAGGAGGACCUGGACGAACGCGGCCAGCCCGACAAGUUUGGCGUGAAGGCCUCCCCGGGCUGCACGCCCUGCCCAGAGAGCCCCAGCCGCCACCACCACCACCACCACCACCUGCUGCACCAGCUGGUCCUUAACGAAAUCCAGUUCUCCGCCUUUCGGGGCCAGGAAUGCAUCUUUUCCAAAGUGAGCGGUGGCCCUCAGGGCGCCGACCUGAGCGUCUGCGCGGUCACCUCUCUGCCGGCGCUCUGCGAGCCGGGCGACCUGCUGGAGCUGCUGUGGCUGCAGCCGGAGGAGCCGGAGCCGCCGGCGCCCGCCCCGCACUGGGCCGUCUACGUGGGCGGCGGGCAGAUCAUCCACCUGCACCAGGGCGAGAUCCGUCAGGACAGCCUGUACGAGGCGGGCGCGGCCAACGUGGGCCGCGUGGUGAAUAGCUGGUACCGCUACCGCCCGCUGGUGGCCGAGCUGGUGGUGCAGAACGCCUGCGGCCACCUGGGCCUCAAGAGCGAGGAGAUCUGCUGGACGAACUCGGAGAGCUUCGCCGCCUGGUGCCGCUUUGGCAAGCGGGAGUUCAAGGCGGGAGGGGAGGUGCCGGCUGGGACGCAGCCUCCGCAGCAGCAGUACUAUCUCAAGGUGCACCUGGGAGACAACAAGGUGCACACGGCCAGGUUUCACAGCCUGGAAGACCUCAUCCGCGAGAAGCGCCGCAUUGACGCCAGUGGCCGCCUGAGAGUGCUCCAGGAGCUCGCUGACCUGGUGGACGACAAGGAGUAGCGUGGGGGCGCCACCUGCCCCUCCUGUCUCCCCGAGUGCCCCACUCCCUUCCCAGCACCGGCGUCCCCCGCUGACAAUUCACUACCCUAGUCCCCUCGCCAGCGUCCGCCGCAGCGGGGGGCCAGUGCCCAGCUGCACCCCAGCACCCCUCCAGCAAGUGGCAGGAAGUCUCAGGAACUGGGCUCGGGGCUGGGACUGAAAGGGCAGCUGUUUGCGCGCCGGGCUGAGACCCCCAGGGGGCGGUAAUCCUGUGGGGACACCCGGCGAGUUAUUGGAGGGAAAGGAGGAUGGGCUGAAGGGAGCAGGGGCUCGGCUCUCCGCGUGAGUCCCUGCCCCGCGACUAACGCCCCGCACCAGAAAGGCACCAUCACCAACCCCGAGCGCGCACACAGAGACGGGUCUGAGGUGAGAAUGGAUAUCUUCAGGGCACAGUUCGGCCCCUGUGUGGAUCUGUCCCCAGACUGCAGGAUUUCCAAGAAAUCGAGCCUGACCCUUAGGCACUUGUGACUCAUCCCACAAGCGAGCACCUUGGCCCUCCGGGUGAUCCCAAGGCUGCCCACGGCUGCUCCAGCUCUGCAGCCCCGGGUCCCCCGACGCUGUAUCCCAGGCUCUAGGCUAAGCUAGAUAGUGUCCGCUUCCCCUUCUUUCCAGCGAGGGGAGAACGCCACCCUCUACCUCCUGGGCCCAAGGGAAGCCUCCCCCUCCAGGAGGAAAAUGGCACAGCUAAUUGGGUGAGGAGCCGGGGGGGCCUGCCCCCCUCGCCUUGGAGAGGGUCGCCCUGGUCUCUGGAAACCUGAAUUUGUGGAGAAGGGCACUUGUUGUUCUUAACCCUAAUUGCUCCCUCCUUGGGCUGCAUUUCAAAAAAAUAAUCACAUUUCUAAAGGGGCUGGAGGAGAGGGAGGGGGAAGCUAUGGCAACAUUCCAGAAACCAGCACUAGUAUAGAACCAUAGCCAGUAUAUUUAGUUUGGCUUUUCCUAACAUAGAAAUCUUUGAAGGUGGGGAAGUGGAAAUAAAGUUUUAAAAACGGGGGGGCCAGUUCCCCAGCUAUGUCAACAAGGCCUAUCAUGUUGAUGUUUUUAUUGACCAGUUUAGCAACAUGCUAAUAAAAUUUCAAAUUGAAAUUUUUAUUUUCAUGGCUUUAAUCCAUGAUCGUUUAAAUACUGGGGGCCAUUCAGGGUGGACUUAGCUACCAGCUUAGCUAACAUUGCCUUUUCGCUCUAUUUUUCCCCCCCUCAGAUAUCUUUGAGAAUUCUGUUUGUGGAUACUGUAGUUAAUCUGUCUGGCUUUGAACGGCAGCCCCAGUCAUGGUGGCGUUGUUACUGGGUGGUGUAUUGUACUGAGUUGCUGUCAGGGAAGGGGUUUACUGCUGUGGUAGAAGUUGCUAGCAGGUUCCAUGGUGUUUCUCUUUCUCUGUGUUGUAAACCAUUACCAUCCCACAUUUCCAUUUCACAUUUUCUUCUUCUCCCCUCGAGCUUCUUGCAAACUGAAGCUGGAUUCGAUGGCUUUUCCCCCUUCUCUGUGGCCAGUCCCCCAGUUCAUUCCUGAACACCAGAAAGGACUCGUAAGAUCAGAGCAGGCGUGUGUGUUUAAAAAAAAAUUAAGGGUGUUUGAGACCCCUUGCUGGGGUAGGGAUUUACCAGCUUCUCUCCCUGGGCUGCGGCCCCAGCGUGACCGUGAACUCUGUGUGUGUCAGGCAUCAAGAGCAUCGACGCCCCUUUCCAGGGAAUUUGUCAAAUGAUGGUGUUUAGCUAAUCACUGCAAGCAAUUGCCGAUCGACAGCUGUGAUUUAGUUGGGCAGCAAAUAUUAUGGCCAAAGCCUGUCUCUUGGCAUUUCAAAACUAAUGCAAUAAAAACUAGUCGAGGUUAGCUGAGACUGGAAAUGCCUUUUUUCCACGGUAAAUGAUUCAUUUCUGUUUUGUGUUUUGGUUUUCAUCCUGGAUUCAUUCCCUGGUCUUGAAUCAAAAGGUCAGAUCAAUGGAAUAUGAAGUAGAGUAUUUUUCUUAAGCCUAUUGAGUGAUUUAUUUUUUAAAAAAAUGUUGAAAUGCAUAAUGCUUUUCUUUCAGCACAUAAAAAUGGCAAAACUUUUGUAAUAACUAACUCGCCUUUGCAUGUAUGGAGAACGGAAGGUCCUAGACCUCCCUCGCUCACUUCUCUUUCGAAUCGCAGAUGGCAGGCCACCAGCCGUGCUCCCUAAUUGUGUCUGCGCACCCCACGUUCUCCCCUGUGCCCUCCUACUGUACCCUGGCUCUCUGCUGUAUUAAACGCCAUCCUAAGCAAUCGCUCCCACAGGACUCCUCCUUGACAUUCUGUCUUCCACCUGUCACUCAGAGGACGGGACUCCAGCGAACGAAAUGAGUCUGUCUCUAUCACACCUAGCCCGACGAUUUAUUUCCUCCAGUGGCACGUAAUCUGAUUUGUCGCCUAUGAACAGGGUCACGAUAACAGAGGCAUGGCUUAUCAGCUUUGCACUCGCCCGCCCAGACGAGACUGGCAAUAAAAAUGAGUUUGGCGGCCAGAGGAGCAUCCGUUACUAGAUCGUGCUGUUGAGAACUGGGCUGAUGAUGAUAACUUCUACAAAGUCACAACCGUAAAUGCUGCUUACAAAGGGCGCUUGAAGGUGUUGUGAGGUUUCUCAUGCUGCUACUGAAAUAAUCAUUGAUUGUCUGCCGGUCAAUGCUAAUAACAGCCAGUGGCAGACUAAUUCUAAUCAUUAUCAAAAUAUCAUCUAAUAACUUGAUCCUGAAAAGUGUGUAUAUUUUAGGGUGUUGUUCCCAAUGUGAGUGAAACCAAGAAGGUUGAGUUUCCUUUGAAGAGAGCAGGGGCACACUUGAUUUCCAUAAGGAGUGAACAGCAUGACUCUGUGUUUUUCCAGGGUCGCAGACAUUGAGCCUAAAGCCGCCUCGCUGAGUAGAAGUCAGGAGUUUAGUUUGGUUGGAGUUGUCCUCAAAAAAAAAGAGGUUCCUGGUAACUUGGACGAUGCACUGAGUGUGGCCGAGCUGCCGCCCCCUCUCCAGGAGAGGCAAAAACUGUCCCGACACCUCCAUCCUCUCUCUCCACUUCCAGAGCAUAAACUACUAAAGAAUAUAUAAAUAUUUUGCUCCAAGGAGUGCUUGGCCAUAUAUUUUGUUAUU